AUGAUCAUCAGCAGAAUUCAAUUGCUGGUGUUUACACUAUUAUAUUGUAGUGUCGUUAUCUUGGCUCAAUACACUGAUCCUAACUGUGGAUGGCAUACUCAACAAUUUCGAGCUAUCGGUGAUUGGGCUGUUGAUGCUGGAUCUAGUUCUAAUUGGAAUCCUGCUGAACCCAAAGGUCUUAUGAUCGCUACUUACGCUCAAUCAUGCGAAUAUGCUGUUGAUGUUCAUGGACUUGUACCUCAUAAGGUAUACAAUUGGAAAGUAUCUAUUGGAAAUACAUGGGACGUUGUUUGGGGUUGUGUUGGAAUGGGUGGACCUGAUUGUCAAUUUUCCACAUCAUCUGGUUCUGUUCGUCUCAAGAUUGUAGGUUCUUUUGCUUAUCCUCUAACUUUUCAAGUUAUUAAUUCACCAACAACUCCUACUACGACUCCUGGUCAACCAUCUGGUUCUAAAUCUGACAAAAAAGUAUUUGCUCAUUAUAUGGUUGGAUUUGCUUAUCCAUCAGAUCAGAGCUUCUUUGAUGCUCAAAUCAAACGAGCAAGAUCAGCAGGAAUCGAUGGAUUUGCACUCAAUGUUGGUAUUGAUGAAUGGCAACCUGAUCGUGUAGCUAAGGCUCUAGCUGCUGCUAAAGACAAUGGUGAUUUUACUAUGUUUAUUUCAUUGGAUAUGUCAUCUCUUACUUUUGAUAAUGGUGUUCUCAGUCGGUUUCAUUUUGCCGGUAGUCAUCCUAAUUAUUUUAAAGUAAAUGGUCGACCAUUAUAUUCUACUUUUGCUGGUGAAAAUCAAGAUUCAUUUUGGGCAAAUUGGAAAACUGCUAGUGGCUUAAAUCCUUACUUUUGUCCAAGUUGGCCUAAUUAUGCUACGGCUAAUUUACUUCAAUCACAUCCAGUUGCUGAUUGUAUCUUUACUUGGAAUGCUUGGCCUGCUGGCAAUUCUGGACCAGGUGCUCAUUUCGAUACGACUGGUGAUAGAAAUUUACUUGCUAGUGCCAAAGCCACUGGUAAAACAUAUAUGGCUCCUAUGGCUCCAUGGUUUUAUACUCGUGUUUGGGGAUCAGGAUGGAGUAAAAAUUGGAUCUAUGGUUCUGAAAGACUUCUUCCCGAUAGAUGGCAACAAAUUGUAUCAUUACAACCUGAUUUUGUUCAAAUUAUUACAUGGAAUGAUUACUCUGAAUCUUCCUAUUUAUGUUCUAUUAGCAGUGAUUUACCAACUGAUAUGGGUGGUAUUAGUAAUAUGAUUAAUAGUCCGCAACCUAUGCAUCAUGAUGCUUGGUUAGAAUUAUCAAAACAUUAUAUUCAAUGGUAUAAAAAUAAUGCUCGACCUACUGUUACUAAUGAUCAAUUUUAUUGGUGGUAUCGUACUCAUCCUAAGAACAAUGUUAAUGGUGAUGUUCCUCAAUAUCGUAAUGAUGCUCAAGAUUGUGUUGCUAUUCAUUCUAUUGUUAAAAGUAUUAGACCUAAUGGUGGACUAUAUACUGUAUUAGUUGAUUUGAAUGGUGUAAAGAGUAGUUACAGAAUAACUCAACUUGAACAGACCGAAUGUAUACCUUAUCCAGCUAGUCCUGGGUAUGUAACUAUUUCAUUGGUUGGUCCUGAUGAUAAAGUAUGGUGGUCGGAAGGCAAGAAUGCUCCUCAACAAAGUACUGGCAAUAAUUUUAAUGCUUUUGCUAACAGCCAUAUUAUUCCAAGUCCAUAA